AUGGAGGCCACGCAGGAGACGUCCCUCUUCCUGGAGAAGAUCCUGGAAGAGCUGGACCGCAAGCAGGGCACGGUCGACUACCAGGAGCUGUGCGCGUCGCUGUGCGCCCGGCUGGACCUGGCGCAGCUGGCCCGGCUGCGGGGCGCGCUCCUGUACACGGCCUGCCUGGACCCCGGCUUCCCGGCCUCGCUCUUCAAGGACCGGGAGGCCUGCGCGGGGGGCCCGCGGGCCACGAAGCUGGCGGUGGCCGCCGACAUCGUGGCCAUCUUCCACCUGGCCCAGGCGGGCGGGGCGGCCGGCGGGGGCCAGCAGGGGAGCCAGAAGGGGGCGGCCGAGCCCGGCGAGCGGCCCCUGGGCCGGGGGCUCCCCGCGAGGCGGCCCGCCGCGCGCCAGAAGGCCGACCGCCCCGAGUGCGUGCCCGCCUCCGAGCCCGGCUUCUCGCUGGGGGUCCGGAAGGAGGCCAAGCACCGCGCCGCCUCCCUGGACCGGCUGCCGGCCGGGGCCCCCUUCCCCGGAGCCGGCCCCCCGCCCUGCGAGAUGCAGAGGACCCGCUUCCCCAUGCACCUCGACGGAGAGUCCGUCUCCGACCGGGACUCCCCGCCCGUCGGCCCGGCGCUGCGCGACGCCUUCCUCCCCCACGACGAGGGGCCCUUCCUGGGGCCGCCCCGUGGGCCGGAGAGGAGCGCCUUCCAGGGGGACUUCCCGCUCCUGGUGGCCGCCUCCCCGGCCGCGGGGCGGCCCGGCCGCGGGGCGGAGCCGCCCAGGCGCAAGGAGCCGCCCCGGGCGCCCUUCUUCAACCACAGCUUCGAGAUGCCGGGCCCCGGCCCGUACCUGAGCCCCGGCUACUCCCCCGGCCCCGGCCGGCGCCGCGCCAAGCACGAGAGCCUGGAGGACCUGCAGGCCUCCACCUACUUCGGCCCCACCGCCCCGGCGCCCGGCGCCCGGGACGCCCGGCGCGGCCCGGGGCGGCCCAGCAGGCAGACCCCGUGGCCCGCCAAGAGCUGGAGCCUCACCGCGGAGGACGGCCCCGGCUUCGAGGGCGCGGAGGCGACGCCCCCCUUCCCCGGCUCCGGCAGCCAGACCCCCGGCCUCUCGGCCCCCGAGGGGCGCCCCGCUUUCUUGGGGCCCGAGGAGCCGCAGCGGAUCCUCCCCGCGGGCUACAGGGCGGCGGUGAAGCCCGGCGGGCCCGGCGCCAAGGAGAAGCCGACCGCCCCGGACCCGGGGCCCCGAGAAGCCGGCCCCAAGUUCCAGGACAAGUCUGCCGGUGGGGCGGGCCGGCAGCUCAGCUCGGACACCAGCAGCGUGGGGACCCAGACGGAGCAGCCCGCGCCCCGGCCCCCGAGGCGGCCCGACCCGGGCGAGCCGCUGGCCAGGAAGCCGUCGGACGACAGCUCGGAGGGCGUCAGCGACGACAUCAGCGACAUCUUCCGGUUCCUCGACGACUCGGGGCUGGUCCAGUCCUCCUGCUACAACAGCACCGGCUCCCUGUCGCAGCUCCACCGGUCGGACGGCGACAGCUCCCCCGAGCGCCCGCGCGCCCAGGUCGCCGACGGGGCCCCCGGCGGCCGGGGGGAGGAUGGCCGCGGGCCGGACCGCGCGCGCCCCUCCGAGGAGGAGCUCAAGACCAGCGUGUGCCAACUGGUGCUGAGGAUCGGCGAAAUCGAGCGCAAGCUGGAGUCGCUGUCGGGCGUCCGCGAGGAGAUCUCCCAGGUUCUGGGCAAGCUGAAUAAGCUGGACCAGAAGAUGCAGCGGCCGGACGUGCUCAGCGUGCAGGUGGACCUGAACUCCCUGGCCAGCGAGGUCCCGUCGGAGGACGGCACCUCGCCCGGGGCCUUCCGCGCCCGCCGCGGCGCCCGCGGGCCCCCGCCCGACGGCGACGACUGGUGCUGCUCCGAGGCCAGCGGCGGCCACGGCGAGAGCCUGCGGGUCCGGGCCCUGAAGAAGAGCCUGG